AGAGAAAAAUCAAUAAUCAAUAAUCAAAUAGAGAAAAGAGAGAAAGAAAGAAAGAGGAGAAUAGAUAGAAAAGAAGGAAGGAGACCAUGAACGCGUCUGAUCGUCAUCUUUGACCAUCUCCUUCCUUCCUUUCACGUUCUUCAUUUCAUUCAUUUCUCUCCCAAAAACCCCUCCCUUUAUAUAUAUUAUAUUAUAAUAUAAUUAUCUAAUCAAAUCAAAUAUUUUCAUUCCUUUCAUCAAUUUUCAUCAAUUUUAUAUACAUAUUUAUAAACAACAAACAACAACAACAACAGAUCUUGAAUUUUAUCUUAGAUCUAUAAAAUCAAUGGGAAAUUGCUGUACAAUUCCAUCCGUUAUCACCAGAAAACAUAAACGAAAGGAAAAGCCCGGGAAAAAUGGGCCUGAGAAGAAAAACAACACCAAAAAAAAUGAGAAGAAUAAUUUGGUGGUGUUGAAAGAGCCCACGGGCCGAGAGAUUGGGCUAAGAUAUGAAUUAGGGAGGGAAUUAGGGAGAGGUGAAUUCGGAAUUACGUAUUUAUGUAAAGAUAGAGAAACAAAUGAAGAACUUGCUUGUAAAUCGAUUUCCAAGAAUAAGCUUAGAACUGCGAUUGAUAUUGAAGAUGUUAGAAGAGAAGUUGAAAUUAUGAGACAUUUACCUAAACAUCCUAAUAUCGUUACGUUGAAGGAUACUUAUGAAGAUGAUGAUGAUGUUCAUCUUGUUAUGGAGCUUUGUGAAGGUGGUGAACUUUUUGAUCGUAUUGUUGCUAAAGGACAUUAUACCGAACGUGCCGCCGCUUCCGUCGUUAAAACCAUCGUUGAAGUUGUUCAGGAGUGCCACAAACAUGGUGUGAUUCAUCGGGAUCUCAAACCAGAGAACUUUUUAUUUGCAGACAAGAAGGAAACAUCACUUUUGAAAGCUAUUGACUUUGGUUUGUCAAUUACCUUUAAACCAGGUGAUAAAUUUAAUGAGAUAGUUGGAAGUCCAUAUUACAUGGCCCCUGAAGUAUUAAAAAGAAAUUAUGGCCCUGAAAUUGAUAUCUGGAGUGCUGGUGUCAUUCUUUACAUCUUACUUUGUGGUGUCCCUCCGUUUUGGGCAGAAACUGAGCAGGGAGUUGCUCAAGCAAUUAUACGAUCUAAUCUUGACUUUAGUAGGGAGCCAUGGCCAAAGGUUUCUGAUAAUGCAAAAGACCUUGUUAAAAAGAUGCUUGAUCCUGACCCAAAGCGCCGGCUUACUGCACAGGAAGUGUUAGAUCAUCCAUGGUUGCAGAAUGCUAAGACAGCUCCUAAUGUUUCAUUGGGAGAAGCAGUCCGAUCAAGGCUCAUGCAAUUUUCUGUAAUGAACAAACUUAAGAAAACAGCAUUGAGGGUGAUAGCAGAUCAUUUGUCUGUAGAAGAAGUUGCUGGAAUAAAAGAGGGAUUCGAAGUGAUGGAUACAGAACGUAAAGGCAAAAUUAACAUUGACGAACUACGAGUAGGGUUGCAUAAGCUAGGCCACCAAAUUCCUGAUGGAGAUGUCCAAAUACUUAUGGAAGCUGGCGAUGUAGACAAAGACGGGUUCCUAGAUUAUGGAGAGUUUGUAGCCAUUUCUAUUCAUUUGAGAAAGAUAUCCCAUGAUGAACACCUUCAAAGAGCAUUCCAAUUUUUUGAUAAAAACGAAUCUGGGUUUAUUGAACUUGAGGAGUUACGUAAUGCCUUGGCUGAUGAGGUUGACGCAAAUAGUGAAGAAGUCAUUAAAGCAAUUAUGCAUGACGUGGACACCGAUAAGGACGGAAGAAUAAGUUAUGAGGAAUUUGCUGCAAUGAUGAAGGCUGGCACAGAUUGGAGAAAAGCAUCAAGGCAAUAUUCGCGAGAGAGGUUUACCAGUCUAAGUCUCAAACUGAUGAAAGAGGGGUCAUUAGGAUUGAACAACGAGGGUAGAUGACUUUAGAAAAUGUCUAAUUUUACUCCUUGAAAGGCAAAUAUGAUAAAAAGGAAGAAGUCGUCAUCAUCAUUUUUCUUUUUCCUUCAUUAUAAUUCUUUUAUAUCUUAUUUUUCUUAUAUGCUUUGGAGACCCCCUCCCCCCCAUCUUUUGGGAUGAUAUAGGAUAUAGUUCUGAGUGCAUGUUUGGGUAGGUGUUGUUGGGAUCCCCAAACUCAGUUUGUUGCAUAGAAGCAACAAUACACAUUCUUUUGGUGCCAACUUAGCCGUGAUGUCCGUGUGCUUUGCAGUUUUUGUUUUUCUUCUUCACUCUUUUGGCUUGUUGGUAUCAUUUCAGAAAAGUCUUGGAUGGGAGGAUCUGAUAGGUCUUCGAUUUGUGUUGCUGUAAAUAUUUCAAAUAUUCACGGCUACAAUGACUAAUCAUUUGGCAUUUUUAGCAAAUGCACCUUUAGAUAGGGAUGGCAUUUUUAGCUAUGUGAAAUUGAAAUAACAAAUAUAUGACUUUUGGAAUACAUGCAUAUUGUACUACAUUUAUCAAUGAAACUUAUGUAAGAUCUUGGUCAGUGACGAUGACUUACUUAUUGUAUCAGGUUUCAUAAACAAAGCUAUUACUUUCGUAUUAAAUUAUAGUUAUCGACAA